AUGAGGUAAGCGAGAUUUAUAUUUCUUCCCUUCGAAGUUUAGACUUAUGCUUAGUUAGGAAUUUCAAGCGGUGUUAUACUAGGCACAAGUUCUGGAUGGGUUUGGUCAGAACGGGCUGGAAACUUGAUUUUUCCCAUUGAUUUUGCUUCUGGAUUUCAGUUGCUUUGUGCUUGGAGAAUUUGAGCCGGGUUUUUUGAUCGGCUUCUUGGGAUUAUCAGCGGAUGUUUUGACAUCAAGACGGUUCUAAAAAUGCGGAUAAAUUCGAUCUUUCCUUACCCUCUUUUUUUGUUUUGCUAUUUUUCUUUUUUUUUACAUAAGAUUAUCUCUUCUUUUUCAGACUCUUGCAUCAUCACGAGCACAAUUGCCCACCGAUCAAUGUCUUCGUCAUGGUAAUAUGCGAGCCAACCAACUUUGACCCCAAAUUGGACUUUAAAUGGCUGUGAAUUGAACCGGUUGGACCCAAGUAGAGGUAAGCCUUCUUUUUAUGUUUUGUUGUUUGGCGUUUAGGUCACAAAGUUUAAGAUUUUUUGCCAUGUUAUGCUGAACCUCAGCCUUCCCUGGACUGAGUUAGAACCGGGAGUUUAGAUGUCUCUAUUCUUGUGGUUGUUUGUUUGCUAAAAAGAAUUGUCGGAAGUUAUGAGUUAGAUUUACCCUGCUUGAUUCUAGCUUUCGGGUACAGACCUGAUAUUAUAUUAGGUAUGAAACCUUCAAAAAGUCUAAAGAAGGAUAAUUUUCUAUUUUAUCUGCUUUUUUUUCAGAAUUACGCCAAAAUGGUCUCAUCUUGGUUCAACCAGCGGUCCACCUCACUCUCUCUUCGGAAUGUAAGUUUGGUUUUUUUUGGCAAUUGAGGAAAGAGGAAGCGUUAUUUGGGACUUUUGACAAAAAAUGUCUUAAAACAUACCCCCAGUUGACAUAACCCUUACAAAACUUUUCUAAUGAGCUGUAAAUUAGAAACUACACCUAAGUUAAAGUCUAGGAGUCCUGCUACUGUUGCAUCUAUGAACUGUCCAAUUCGGACCACUACAGGAUUAGUUAUCGACUUUUGGAAAUUGAAUUUUAAAUUUCGACCAAUUUUUGGCCGAAAAUUUUUGUAUAUCUUCCGCCGGAACCAACCACUCUGGUCCAAAUGUGGUUUUUCUGAAUCUAUUAUGAUGCUUGCUUCUCCCUAGGGUGUUUCCAGAAAAAAACCUACAGGGCAUGUUUCUGCAAAACAAAAAAAUAUUGAAAGCGUAAAGACUUCAUCGUAUAAAGUGUCGCCGCAAACCGAGAAGGGUCGGGCGCAACUCAAAAUGCGAAAAAAAUAUUUUUUCUUCGAGGAAUAUUAUUUUAGUGUCGACGAGCAGAUACUAGUCCGUUCGUAAAGUCGCUGGAAUGUUUUCGGCGACAUUCACCCCGCGAAAUCGAAAGUUCACUUUGCACUGUGCAAAUUUUGGCUUUUUGCACAGUGCAAUAGGCUUUUUUGGGCUGUCGCCCGCACCCUGAGUUUUCGUGCACAGUGCGCGUCGCCGAAAUCAUUCCAGCGACUUUACGAACGGACUAGUAUCAGACGAAAUACAGACAGAAACAGCACGCAAAGAUUAACUCAAUGUCAUUUUAUUUUUUUUACUGUGUUUUCAGGCAAUUUCGUUGGAUUUUGCUUUGGUUUCACACUAAAAUAGUAAUUCUCAAAAAAAUAUAUAUUAUUUUCGCCUUUCGAGCUGCGCCCAACCCUUCUCGGCUUGCGGCGACAUUCUAUACGAUGAAACCUUUACGCUUUCAGAAUUUUUUCGUUUUACAGAAACAUGCCCUAUAGGUUGUUUCUGGAAACACCCUAGGGAGAAGCAAGCAUCACAAUAGAUUCCGAAAAACCACAUUUGGACCAGAAUGGUUGGUUCCGGCGGAAGAUAUACUAGAUUUCAGGGCAAAAAAUUGGUCGAAAUUUAAAAUUCAGUCACCAAAAGUCGAUAACUAAUCCUGCAGUGGUCCGAUUUGGACAGUUCUUGGAUGUAACAGUAGUAGGACUCCUAGACGUUAACUUAGGGGUAGUCUCUAAUUUACAUAAGAAUUUAUUUUUUGUUUUUCAGGUAUCUCCAAACUCCAAAGAGAGACGGAAAAAAAAUAAAUAAAAAAAGAAAAAAAGAUAAAAAAAGAAAAAAAAAUAAAAAAGAGAAAAAAGUAGAAAAGAAAAAAAAAUAAAAAAAAUAUAAAAAAGAAAAAAAGAAAAAAAUAUAAAAAAGAAAAAAAAGAAAAAAAUAUAAAAAAGAAAAAAAGAUAAAAAAGAAAAAAAAGAAAAAAAAAAUUUUUUUUAAGUCACCCUUACUCUUCUUCUCUCUUAAAUUUUAUUCCACUAUCGUUUUCCACCAUUUUUAUCUAUGUAAGUUGCCAUUUCAUCCUUUAUUUUAUCCUCGAUUUUUCUUGAAUUAUCUGAUCCAUAUUUUCAGAAACCGAGCUCAGAUCAAUGGACAUCUUUGGAACACAUUUCCUGCCCAGCUACUUCAAAUACGCCAAUCACGACCCAGGACGGCACCCCUAAACGGUCGAAAUUUAAAACCAGCGAUUUAAACAUCAUGAAAUGUAAGUUUCGGUGGUUUUUUGGUAAUCGAGGAAAUUAAGGAUGGCUUGAAAUUAUUGUCACUUGUUUUUUCGUGGGUUCUUCUAUUUAUUUUUUGUUUUUCAGGUACUUCAUAG